CGGGUGGGCUAGCUACUAGAUUAAUAGGAUUCGGGCAAGCAGUUGAAACGGUCGUCAGUUAGUCGGCCAAAUCGCUGGUGAAGAAACACUUUCACCUUCUAGUGAAAGAAAAUGUUCUAGAUUAAUCUGUGUUUAAGUGAAAAAGUUUGCAAAGUGUUGAACCAGCCAGCAGUGUUCAAUUGAAAAAAAUAUUAACAAAAUCAAAGAAGACUGAAGGAUGUUUGUUGUGUAAAUAGAGAAUCAGAAAGAGUGUAAUAAAAAUGUUAAAACAAAUUACCGAAAACCCGCAUGGGACGUUCACAACCGAGGAUUACUCGGUGUUUGUGGUGAUGCUGAGCAUUUCGGCCGGCAUCGGGAUCUACUUUGGAUUUUUCGAGGGCAAGAAAAAUCAAACGACCGAGGACUAUCUGCUGGGCGGGCGGAAGAUGAAAAUCUUUCCGAUAGCCGUGUCGCUUAUUGCCAGCCAAUUAUCGGGUGUGUCCAUCAUGUCCGUUCCGGCCGAAAUGUACUCGUACGGGGCCCAAUACUGGAUCAUCGCACCGACGAUGCUGUUCAUCACACUCAUUAUCAACUACAUAUUCGUGCCAGUGUUCUACAACAACCAAAUCACCAACUGCUAUCAGUAUCUGGAGGAUCGUUUCAGCUCCGGCGUGAAAAAGUUCGUGACCUUCACGUACGUGCUUAACAUAUAUUUGAUCCUGCCGAUUUUCAUUUUCAUCCCGUCGUUGGCUUUUGCCCAGGUCACCGGAGCAAAUGUCCACCUGAUAAACGGGAUCGUGUGCUGUGUGUGUAUAUUUUACACACUGCUCGGCGGGAUCAAAGCUGUCGUGUGGACGGAUGUUGUGCAGGGCUUAAUCAUGUUCGCCUCGUGCUUCCUGGUGGUAGCGAUCGGAGUGCUUAAAAUUGGCGGGUUCUCAGAAGUACUGAACAGAGCUGCCGCCGGGAAUCGGCUAGACAUUUUUGACAUGACGUUAGACGCAUCGACGAGGCAGACUUUUUGGACAGCAAGCAUCGGCAAUAUUUUCCUCUGGACCGGGUAUUUGGGUCUGAACCAGAGCUGUGUUCAGCGCAUGGUGGCCGUUCCCAGUAUUCGACAUGCACGUGCUGCCCUUUGGAUUUUCUGUGUGGGAUUUAUAAUCAUCACGAGUUUGAACUGCUUCACCGGAAUUGUGAUCUACGCAAAAUACUACGACUGUGAUCCGAUUAAAGUCAAGCUGGUGGAAAAGGCCGAUAAACUGCUGCCCUUUUUCGUGCAGGACGUCGUUGGAAACCUCAAAGGAAUGCCGGGCGUAUUCAUAUCUUGCGUUUUUAGCGCAGGUUUGAGUACCAUGUCCGCCAACUUGAAUUCUCUGGCCGGAAUCAUCUACGAGGACUACAUCCGACCGUUUAAGCUGUUCAAACAUUCGGAUGCCUCAGCAAAUUUGACGAUGAAGGUUUUAAUCUUCUUUUCGGGGAUGUACUGCAUCGUGAUGGGUUUGGUGGUGGAACAAUUCGGCCACAUUCUGCAGAUGGUCGUAACGAUUGCCAGUGUCACCCAGGGGGCCGUAAUGGGGAUUUUCUGCCUUGGAAUGCUUUGGCCCUGGGCUAACAAACAUGGAGCCCUGUGGGGUUCGGCCACGAGUGUGAUCGGGAUGUCCUGGAUUAUAGCCGGCGCUCAGUAUUACAUCCGAACUGGUGAGCUCAGUUAUCCACCGAAACCAACGAGCGUCGAAAGUUGCAUGGAUUAUGGAUUCAAUGUUACCCAAACGGAAUUCCUACCGUACGCAUCCGAUGGGUCCGAAGACGAAUUUUCGAUCUACAAGAUGUCGUUCGUUUGGUACUCUACCGUGGGAACGUUUCUGGUAUUUCUGGUUGGAAUACCGGUGAGCUAUUUCACCGGCUCGCAGGAUCUCUCUAAAAUGCAGGCAAAGCUGAUCUCGCCCGUGGUUCAUUGGCUGCUUCCUAGAGAGAUCGUCAAGAGCGAGUUGCAACUCAAGCUAGAUGAGCAUCAAUCUGAGAAUCAUACAAUUAAAGAGUGGACUUUCACUGCUACAGAAGAUCAACGCCGGAAACAAUUAAGUGAACCGAAUGAACAUAUACUUUAAAAGUGUCUGCUUGACUGCACAGAAUUCACUACUUGCAAACUGGUAGAUUCAGCGAUCUACAAUUUUUGUUUCAUUUUUGUGUCACUUUUAUCAUAAUUUGCAUGUAAAAAUAAAUUAUUUUAU